AUGGCCAAGUCCAAGAACCACACCGCCCACAACCAGAACAAGAAGGCCCACCGCAACGGUAUCACCCGUGUGCAGACCCAGCGUUACAAGUCGCUCAAGGGUGUCGACCCCAAGUUCCGCCGCAACGCCAAGUUCGCUGCCCAGGGCACCCAGAAGGCCGUCGCCGCUGCCAAGAAGGCCGCUGCUUCUGCUUAA